AUGUCCGCUUCAUCAUCUGCUUCUCUCAAUGCCAAUGAACGAAUCAUUGAAGAGAUCUCACUGCCUGCAACCGGUCAAACCAUUCAGCUCAUUGAUGGCUAUCUUCUCCAUGCCGUAGACACAGACGCCAUUGUGUAUGCUGAGGUAUCGGGUCAAUUAGAAUUAUCUGGUACAGAUAUUCUUGCUGAGGCAGGUAGUUCCGUACAAGAACAGGCUAAGAAUUUCGUGAUGCAGAAUGGACCUCUAGAUUCGAGUGAUAAAGUAGCAUUUGUGAGCGGAGGAAAUUUGAAGGCAAGAUAUAUUAUAUUUGCUGCCGGACCAAUGUGGAAAGGAGGAAAAAAGAAUGAACGUUCAAGCAUGGAAGAAAUUGUACAAACUUGUCUUGAAGAGUCAAACAAAAAACAGCUUUCAAGUAUUGGGUUUGAUGCAAUGUGUACUGAUCUUUUUGGAUUUCCCAUAGAGAGAAGUGCAGAGGCACUCAUUAAUGCAAUAGGAUCAUAUUGUCACUUCAAACCUUUUCCAUAUUUGAAUUUAAUCAAGAUUUACGUAAAAGAAGAGGAAAAAUUGAGAAUUUUCAAAUUAGCAUUGAACGAAGCAUUUAGAACCUAUUUGAAUUCACAAAAUCAAGAUGAAUCCAAGAAGAGAAAGAAUGAAACAGAGGAAUCAACCCAUACUGAAAUUAUUCAUGAACAACCAUCAAACCAACAAGAAGAUGUAGCAUCCAGUGACGAUGACGAAGCAUCUACUCAUGACUCAAAGAGAGUUAAAGGCUUGAAAAAAGCAAAUAAUUUUAGAAAUCCUUCAUGGAAACGAAAUCGUCAUGAGAAUUCAUUACUAGCAAAAUCCAAGAAAACCAAUAUUCAUGACAAGACAACAAACAUGUCACUAGUUGGAGACACCAUGUCCAUUUCAACAAGCAUUGCUAUGGAAGACUUUUCAGGAAUGAACGAUGAAGAUCAAAAUAAUGCAGAGGAUGCAGCUUUUGACAUGACAUUCCUUUAA